AUGUUCGCCACGGCAGUCCUGCUCCUCCUCGUCGCUUCUACAGCCUGUUCCACCGCCGUGCCGAUCUGUGAUACACCGACAGGCGGCGAGACGCCUGUGCUACCGCAGACGGGAACCGCCAGGAACCUGCCUGCCCCUCCGCCGGAUGUCACUCUCAAGAAAAUAGUGCUAGGCUUUGGCAUUCAGAAUUACACAUGUGCCACCGUCGGCGGUAGUGCUGACGCCGCCGGCGCCCUCGCCAUGCUAUACGAUGUAUCCGCCUUGUACCCGGGCCAGGGCCACGAGUCGCUCUCUCCGAGGGGGUUCGAAAGCCUCACCGGCUGGGCCCUCCGGAACCACAAGGUUCCUCUGAACCUGAACAAGUCCGCGGCCGGUCGCGUCGAGCCGACAUCUCCGGGCGCCUCGACCACCCGACCCUUCCCGGCCGAUGCUCCUCUGAGGCUCCCAGGGAUGAAGGCCCUGCCCUUCCUCGGCCAUCAUUACUUCGACUCCAACGGCAUACCCGUCUUUGUCCUCGACCGCGGCAGGAUCAAGCUCUCGGCCACGAAACUGGCCAUGGUAGACGCCCCCAAGAGAGCAUCCAAGGGACCGGAGGGCACCGGUGCCGUGAGCUGGCUCUUCCUAGGAUCGAAGCAGGGCACCGCCGCUGUUGGUGCCAAGUUUGUCUACCGCGUCUUCACCGCCGGAGGCGUCAGCCAUGGCUGCGGCAAGGCGGCCGGCCAGGACAGCACAAGCUACACGGCCAUGUACUGGUUCUACGGCUAG